AUGGAGGCGGCGAGCGCCAGGGCCGCCGCACGAGACCAGUGGGGGGGAUACGGCGGCCAUGCCCCCUCGCAGCUCCAGCGCUUCAUCCAGGCUGCCUGCAGCCCAGAGAACUACGAGCCCAACCUCGCCCUCAACCUCGAGAUCUCGGAUCUCAUCAACUCCAAGAAGGGCACCGCCCCGCGCGAGGCCGCCGUCGCCAUCGUCAACUACAUCAACCACCGCAACCCCAAUGUCUCCCUGCUGGCCCUCAGCCUGCUCGACAUCUGCGUCAAGAACUGCGGCUACCCUUUCCACCUCCAGAUCGGCACCAAGGAGUUCCUCAACGAGCUCGUCCGCAGGUUCCCCGAGCGCCCGCCCAUGCGCUACAGCAGGGUCCAGAUGAAGAUCCUCGAGGCCAUCGAGGAGUGGCGCAGCACCAUCUGCGAGACCAGCCGCUACAAGGAGGACAUGGGCUUCAUCAGGGACAUGCACAGGCUGCUGAGCUACAAGGGCUACACCUUCCCCGAGGUCAGGAGAGACGAUGCUGCCGUCCUGAACCCGAGCGACAACCUCAAGUCGGCCGAGGAGAUGGAGGAGGAGGAGCGCGAGGCCCAAUCAGCCAAGCUCCAGGAGCUCAUCCGACGGGGCGCCCCCGAGGACCUACAGGAGGCGAACAGGCUGAUGAAGAUCAUGGCUGGCUACGACACAAGAUCAAAGGUUGACUAUCGCGCAAAAGCCGCCGAGGACGUCUCCAAGAUCCAAGCCAAGGCGAAACUGCUCGAGGAGAGGUUGGAGGGAUUCAAGGCCGGCGACAGCAUGACGGACGGCGACGUUUUCGAGGAGCUGGCAUCUUCUCUCCAGAGCGCACAGCCCAAGAUUCAGAAAAUGUGCGAGGAGGAGUCUGAUGAUCACGAGGCUGUCGCGAGGCUUCUCGAGAUCAAUGACAGCAUCCACCGCACGGUGGAGAGGUACAAGCUGAUGAAGAAGGGCGACGUCGAGGGUGCCUCCAAGAUCGCGCGCGGGGAGCACGUCGCCUCACAGGCCGCCGUCAAGAGUGCGGCUCAGGAGCUUAACCUCAUUGACUUUGACGGCGAGGCAGAGCCCAACGGGCCGGCGGGCAACGGCUCCGCAGGUCCAAGCACGGCCAGCCAGAGCCAGCCCGGAGGCCUCGAAGACGACUUGCUGGGCUUAUCCAUCGGCGAUGCUGGUGGAAGUGGCGCCGCGGCCUUUGGCCACACUGGUGGGAUAUCGCUAGGAUUUGGGAACAACGAAAGUGCCCCCGGGCCGUCACUGCUCUCCUCGGCCACACAAGCUAGCUCUGCCCAAGCUCCAGGGCCAUCCACAUCCACCCCUGACCCGUUCUCGUCUUUCAAUGCCUUCAACUCGGCUCCAUCGACGUCAAAGAACAAUACGCCGCAGCCACCUAGCUACCAGCAAUCUGCGUUCGCCGCCCCAGCACAAGCGGCAGAUCCUUUUGCCGCCCUCUCUUCUCCAAGUCUUAUGACUGGCUUUCCCAACGCUUCAAAAUCUGCCACUCCGGCCCCGGCUGCGGCCCCGGCGGCCCAGGCCAACGAUGAUGACGAGUGGAACUUUGCUUCCGCGUUGCCCGCAGAUACACCGGCGCUGCCUCGAGAACAUAGGGCUGUGGUCAACAACACCAGCCUAAAGAUCGACAUGCUUGCGAACCGGACUACCGGCUCUUCCAACAGCAUCAAUCUCUUAUUUGCUUUCAGUAACAACACAGCGCAGCCGAUCUCAGAAUUGCAUUUCCAGCUUGCGGUAACAAAAGGAUUUGAAUCUCAACUGAAGCCUCAGACGGGCCGGUCACUAGAGCCAAAACAGAGCCGCGGAGUGACGCAGUCUAUCGAAGUCUGGCACGCAGGAGACAAAAACAAGAAGGUCGAGUCCAUCAAGCUGAGGUGGAGGGUGGCAUACAAGGCCGGGGCAGAGCUGAAGACGGAGAUGGGCGAGAUCGCAGAAUUCGGCCUGGCAUGA